CUUCCCGCUGUUAAAACCCCAAAUAAGAUAAGAAAACCCACCCACCACCACCUCUCUCUCUCUCUCUCUCUCUCUCUCUCAUAUAAAUCUCUUCGUCGAUUGGUUGUUCUUCUAGGGUUGGAUCCCAAUGGGAUUCUUCCGUAGGAUGGCUGGCUUUCUUGGCAUCGGAAGGGACGACGGCAACGAGCCCGACGGCGGCGGCGGCGGCGAGGUGGAGGAGGAGGAUCGGAUGGGGAAGAGAUUGCCGCGCGGCCGCGCCAAAGGUUUCAGCGUCCAGGUCCCUCACGUCGUUGAGAGGUCUAGCGUCGGGCCCGUUCUCAUUCCUUGCAGUCCCGGCGAAGGCGGAGUCCAGGCAACUGUCAAUUUGUUAACCGUUGUUGUGUCACCAAUUGGUUUGGAAGAAAAAAGGCAAUCAAAAGGCAAUCAGGGAUUCAGGUGGUAUACAAGGAAACUAAGGAUCGAUGAGGAUGGAGACGUAGCAGAUGAAUUCUUGGACGAGAUCGGACCCGAGGCUCACAGCAUUAAUACACAGAUGACACUUCCCAGGUUUCAGGUGAAGUACAAUACCCGAUCCACUGCCAUGGCCAUGAGGAAACAGGUUAUGGCUGUUGAUGGGAACAUCAAGCAGAGAUUGGAAUACCAAGGGAAAUUGCGGUGGGUUUGAACGGGAAAUCGGCGGGCCUUUGUGACAGUGCUACCGUUAAGAAUCUCCAAUGGUCAGUAGAAAUUGGCGUCACGCAUCGGAGUGCUGGAGCUUAGUCGACACUUAUCAUCACCUCCAAGGCAUGUUGGAGGGUAAAAUUGGUGUUGCUGUAAUACAAAACUAAACAAUCAUUGUUGCAAAUAUAUGAUUGCAUUUAGUGUGAUCUGUCCUUCA